AGCGCGCCCGGCCGAGGCGGAAAAUGGCGGCGGCGAAGCGCAGCGUUCUCUCCUCGCUGGCGGUUUACGCCGAGGACUCGGACCCGGAGUCGGACAGCGAGGCCGGCACGGCGGGGAGCGAUGGGGGAGCGCCCACGGGAGAGAAAGGAGGCCUGGUGUCAGUUGGGUACGGAGAAGAUGACUUUACCCGGCUGGAUGGGGACGAGGAAGGGUACGAAGAGGAGGACGAUGACAACAGCAGGCAGUCAGAAGAUGACGAUUCAGAGACUGAAAAACCUGAGGCUGGUGACCUAAAGGAAUUCUCAGAAGUGGAGAAAAGAGAUCCCCAGGAGCUAGUUGCUUCUUUUUCAGAAAGAGUGAGGAACAUGUCUCCAGAUGAGAUCAAAAUCCCUCCUGAGCCUCCUGGCAGAUGUUCUAACCAAUUGCAGGAUAAAAUUCAAAAGCUGUAUGAGAGAAAAGUGAAAGAGGGCAUGGAUAUGAACUACAUCAUCCAGAGGAAAAAGGAAUUUCGCAAUCCCAGCAUCUAUGAAAAGCUGAUCCAGUUUUGUUCCAUUGAUGAACUUGGUACAAAUUAUCCAAAGGACAUGUUUGAUCCUCAUGGCUGGUCAGAGGAUUCAUAUUAUGAGGCACUAGCUAAAGCCCAGAAGAUCGAGAUGGACAAACUGGAGAAGGCCAAGAAGGAACGCACAAAGAUUGAAUUUGUGACUGGCACUAAAAAGGGUACAACAACAAGUGCUGCUUCCACAACCACCACAACAUCCAGCACCACUGUGGGAGAUGCCCAGAAGAGGAAGAGCAAGUGGGACUCUGCCAUUCCUGUAACAACGAUAGCUCAGCCCACCAUCCUCACCACCACUGCAACCCUGCCAGGUGUUGUCACAGUGACAACCAGUGCCAGUGGCUCCAAAACCACGGUGAUCUCAGCUGUGGGCACCAUUGUAAAAAAGGCCAAGCAGUGACUGCUGUGCUGGGCCUGGAGUCUUGGACUUGUUUGUCACUGAAGCCAUAGUCCUUGGAAGGGAGGGGUGGAUUUCUCCUAUGGUAAAAGAUGACAAGAUUCUUUGAAGCAGCUCACAGUACCCCUUUGGAAGGCUGGGGGCAGGAGCAGGAUGCCAGCUGUGUGCCCACAGGAAUGGAUCUCUGCCCACCAUGCCUCUGCCUUUGCUUGCUGGGGUAAGACCCAAGCUGCCUGUGUUGUGCUGGAGGAAGGUGGCAUCUGGAGUUAGCUUGUAAAAGUUUGCUUAUUAAUUACUGCAUUGAGGUCUUACCUACCUGCAAGUUUGUUUUAGGGGGAAAAAAGAAAAUAAAUUAAAAGGGUAAGCAGUGAAAGACUGUCAGUGUUACCCCUGUGUGUUCCAGGUGGUGCUCCAGGGCUGCCUGCAGCCUGUGUAGGUGCCUCCCUCCAGAGUCAGCUCACUCUGAGCGAGUUGAAGCAGAGACAACCACUCAGUGUCCACGUCCAGAUGUGUAGCAGAGACUUGAAGCAAACUCCAUCAGUGAGUGUAGGCUCACUCUUUGUUCUAGCACUGACACCUGUACCCUGUGCUCUCUGUGUAGAUCUUAGUGACCACGUGUGAAACUGUGGAACUCUUGAGGAAACUGUGCUGGAACAUCCUGUUACCAUCUCACAGGGAUGGAGAUUUCUAUGCAGAACCCUCAAGCUGUAGAGGUUUGAUUUGUGAGCUCACUUGCAAAGACCUGUGCAGAAACACUUCCAUUGCCACGGAAUGAGGUUGGACAGAAGCAGAGGAGAGUGUCUGACCCUGUUUGUGAUAUUGUCCAUCUUUGUUUUAGCUCGUGAUAUUCUGUGAAUGCACACAUGGCAGUUACUGCUUGCUCCACUGUUGUGAAAAAGUAUUUUAAGUUCAAAAUUUUGUUGAAUAAAAAUUGAAAAGUCUUUUUAAAAAG